AUGGGAUCUUCAAACCCCCCCUGGAGUGGAUCUUCAACUCCGACUAUAGCGAAUCCUCAAUCCGCGCGUGGAGAGCGUGGAGAACUCCCCCGUCGAAACGCCUAUAGGGGAAGAUCUUCAACAUCUUCAGCGAACCCUCAAUCCCCACCUGAAGAUGCCUGGAGUGAUUAUCCAACCCCAGCCGAGAGUAUAUCAACCCCUUUCUCCGGCACAUUUUCAACCACCGCCGAGGGUGUGUCAUCUCCUUCCUCGAGUGCGGAUACGUCAUCUCAUUAUUCGUGUACCAACUUGUCAGACAACAAUACCAAUAGACGGAUACCCGCACAACACGUUAGAAACACAGUGGCGCAUGCGCGAAAGACGACGAGUAAUGGCGGGAUGUCAGCCCGCGAAUACCCACACAACUUUCAAAACACAGAGAAGUUAAACACCGGAAUUCCUCUUCCUAUUAUGGAGUUCCCGAUUGAAGGUCCGGAUGAGCCAUAUUACACUAGUGGCAACCUCACUAGUUCUGAGGCCCGAGCGAUGUACAAUGAGACGGCCAACGAAUCUCCUGUGGGCGUUGUAUACCACGACCCGACUAAAGGCAGGGAUAAUAAAAGAAAUAUGUCGUUGGCACCCUAUCGCCCGUCAACAAAGAAAGACAAGACAAACAAGGAGGAUCAAGAUGAAGCAAGCUUGGAGGUGGACUGA